GAGGGUUUAGCGAACAGCACCAGACCUUUUCCCUCUCUCGUGACGUCACCCCCACCACCCCUGUGUCUAUAUACUACUGUGUUCGUGACGUCAGGGGCCGGCGAAGAUGGCGGAGCAGGCCCCGGGACGCUCGUUGGGCUCGUACUCCCCGGUGGAUUAUAUGAGUAUAACCAGCUUCCCCCGUCUACCCGAGGAGGAGGCCGGGGGGGAGCCCGGGCCGCGUGUCGGGGAGGAGGACACCUUCCUGGGGGAGCAUGACUCGGACCCAGACGCCUUCCUCAAGUCUGCCCGGCUCCAGCGGCUUCCCUCCUCGUCUUCUGAAAUGGGGAGUCAGGACGCUUCCCCCCUCAGAGAGACCGUCAAAGACCCCUUCACGUCAGAUUGCAUCUGCCGCCAGGAUGGUCUCACCGUCAUCAUCACAGCUUGUAUCACGUUUGCCAUGGGGGUCACCAUCGCGCUCGUCAUGCAAAUCUAUUUCGGGGAUCCUCAGAUCUUCCACCAGGGAGCAGUGGUGAGCGACGCCUCCAGUUGCACCGCUUUGGGCAUAGAGAUUUUGGAGGAGAGAGGUAGCUCGGUGGAUGCAGCCAUUGCCACCACCCUGUGCCUGGGGAUUGUUAAUCCGCAUACGUCUGGCAUCGGAGGAGGAGGAGUGAUGCUGAUCCAUGAUAUCAGAAGGAAUGUGACAGAUGUGAUUGAUUUCCGAGAGACUGCCCCCUCCGGAAUCCACGAAGAGCUGGUGAGACAGUACUGGAGAGAAAAGCCCGGGAUUCUGGUUGGGGUUCCUGGGAUGCUGAAGGGUCUGGCCAAAGCUCAUGAGAUGUAUGGAAAGCUACCCUGGCAAGACAUAAUCACCAAGGUGGCUGAAAUUGCCCGUCGUGGAUUCAAUGUGACCUACGAUUUAGCCAAGGCCAUCAAUGAUGUAAAAGACCAAAACCUCUCCAGCACGUUUCGAGAAGCGUUCCUCCCAUACGGACAGCCCCUGACCGCAGGGACGUUUGCCACAAGGCUUGACCUGGCGGCAGUUUUGGACGACGUGGCAGCGAGAGGAGUGGAGGCUUUCUAUAUGGGCAAUCUGACGGAGGAGAUGGUUGCCGAGGUGAACAUGUACGGUGGAGUAUUCAUUGAUGAUGAUUUAAGCAACUAUAGCGUCUCCAUACAGAAGCCUGUGCAAACUAUAUAUCAAGGUCAUCUGGUGUUUGCCCCUCCUGCUCCACACGCAGGUCCUGCUCUAAUAACUGCCCUCAACAUCCUGGAUGGGGCAAAUUUAACCAAACACACCCCCAGAUCUAGCUCCUUGCACUGGAUUGCUGAGACCCUGAAGAUUGCUCUGGCUACUGCCAGCACCCUGGGGGACCCCUCGUACGAUCCAAGCUUGGUCGGCUUCAUAAAAGAGCUACUGAGUAAGUCUGAGACCAGUUUCCUUCGGCAGCAAAUUAAUGAAUCCUCUGCGGCUCCCACUCAGCAUUACAUGCACUGCUACGCCAUGGACGUCGGGCCUUCUGCGAGUCAGGCUCUGGUGGUGGGUCCGGAUGAUUUCAUCGUGGCGGUGGUCAGUUCCCUGAAUCGGCCGUUUGGAAGCGGGAUUAUGACACCGUCUGGCAUCCUCCUGAAUAGUCAGAUUCUAGAUUUCUUCUGGACCAAUAGAAGCGCCGACCAGUCUUCUUCCAGCCCUAGGAAUAACGUUGAACCAGGCAAGAGGCCCCUGUCGUUUCUUCUGCCCACGCUUGUGCGUCCCGCUCAGGGCCUUUGCGGAACAUACUUGUCUCUCGGGGGGUCAAACGGAGAACGAGCUCUCACCGGGAUUGCCCAGGUUUUGUUGAAUGUUCUGUCCUUUAACAAGAACCUAAGUGAUAGCGUGUCCCAGCCGCGGCUGCACCCCGAUCUCCAGUCAAACCUCCUGCAAGUGGAUGGCGACCUCCCGGAGAAUGUCACAGAAGGACUCGAGUCCAGGGGCCACCUGAUGCGCAGGACGCCGUUCCUGUCACUGGUCCACGGCUCUCGGAGGAGCAACGAUCUCAUUAUUGGAAUCAGGGACCCUCGGAGCAAAGACGCAGAAGCUGCCACCAUUUUAUAAACAUCGCGAGCUUGUAAUUGUCCUCAUUAAGAGACGAUGGAGGAAUGGUUCUUCCUGAAUAUAAUGAAGGUUUUUUUGCA